CGCAUUGUGGAGCUGUCAACAGCCGGGCAGUUUGUUUACAUCUCGCGGAAACCGCGGAAAUACAGUGUUUUUUGUGUGAAAAGCCGGAAAACCCCACUCUAAUCAUGGUUAUUGAGAAGCGCAAAAAACUCUACAAUACGGUUUUAUCGCAAACCUUCUCAUCUUGUGGGAACUUCCUGUUUGCCGGAAACAAUUUUGGUGACGUCUUUGUUUACAGUAUUCCAGAUAUUGCGGAAGUGCCGAGCGAUGAGGAGAUUAUCAGCAAAACUGCACCAUCUCUGGAACCCAUCCAAGUGUUCAGCGUGAUAGAUUCGGGUCACAUUGAGAGCUUGGCAUUCCACAAAAACUUCCUUAUUGUGGGACUUCCGGGAGAGUUGCGAGGCUACCAAUGGUGCAAUGAGAGCAAGAGAAUCAAGAAGCAACUGUGGGAAGUUCGUGUGCCGACUGGGAGUGAGUCGAUGGAAGCUGUGGAUGUGAAUGCACUCUGGUUAAAUGAUGAGAACGAUGAGAUUUACCUUGGAUGUGGAGACUCGAAGAUUCUGGGGCUGAAUCUUGACAAUGGACAGUUCUUCAGGACUUUCACUGGCCACAAGGACUAUAUACACUGUCUCCAGGGACUGGACAAUCGCUUAUACUCAGCUUCUGAGGACGGAAGCAUAAAAUUCUGGGAUGUGAGGCAGAAGAAAUCUACAGGCUUAGUAGAGCCUUACAAGAACCACGAACUCUUUCGGCCGCAGAUGGGAAAAUGGCUGGGAAGCGUUGCCUGUUCUGAAAACUUCUUCGUUUGCGGCGGAGGACCAAAAGCUUCUCUGUGGCAUACACGGACGAAUGAAUGCACCACAGUUUUCCCCUUCUCGGGAGCACUUCACGUCUCCGGCUUCAUUGACGAUACCGUUCUUCUGGCUGGCCAAAGCUCCAAUGUCGUUCAGUACAGCCUCAAUGGUGAUCUCUCAGCUGAAAUCCCAGUUUCCUCGCCUGCAACUUACUCAGUCAUCUGGCAAACGACUCCGACGAAGCUGAUGUCCAUCGCUGGUGCCCAGAAUGAGAUCGAUAUCUGCCUAAACUUCAACUACAAGGACAUCGUGCUUAAGUUGUACGCCAAAGACGCCAGCGAGUGACAAGGCGACUGAAUUUGAUGGGU